GUACAGGUACGAACCCGUUUUAUUAUCAUUCAUUUUGGCGCCUUAUCUUCUCUCAAAUUCUCCCACUGAGCUCAGCCUUCUUCAAUUUCAUCGAUUUUUUCAUCAAUGGCUACAAAUUCCAUUCUCAAAUCCUCCAUUUCCAUCUCCCAUUCGCUUCACAAUUCUUUCACCGCCCCUUCUUUCGCCAAUUCAUCCAAAACCAUCGAAAAUUUCCACUCUCCGACCUCUCUUCCGAUCAGAAUCACGCUCAAUCACGUUCCCCCGUUGUCAUUAUCUAGAAGGCUGUUCGUUCCUUCCGUCUCUGGAAUUUGGGACGCCUUAACAGGGGGAAACAACCCUCGUGACGCUGUUGCUGCUAUUCGACGUGGAAUGCUUCUCUUUAGGCAGGGCGAUGUUUUGGAAUCUUUAGCUGAAUUCGAUAAGGCAAUUGAAUUGGAUCCUCGUCAAAAGGCAUAUCUUUGGCAAAGAGGGCUUUCACUUUACUACCUUGAUAGAUUUGAAGAGGGAGCCGAACAGUUCCGACUAGAUGUUGCACAAAAUCCAAACGACACAGAGGAGUCUAUUUGGUGCUUUCUUUGUGAAGCUCAAUUGUAUGGAGUUGAUGAAGCAAGAAGGCGAUUUCUCGAGGUAGGUAGAGAUCCACGACCAGUCAUGCGGGAAGCUUACAAUAUGUUUAAAAAUGGUGGCCAUCCGGAGAAACUUGUUGCUGCUUUCUCAAGUGGCCGUGUGAAUGAAUAUUUUUAUGCCUCUCUAUAUGCCGGGCUUUAUCAUGAAGCAGAGAAAAAAGUAGAUGCAGCCAAACAACAUAUAGUUGCAGCUUGCCAGUCUACUUAUGGACAGAGGUCUGAUGAUUACAUGGCAGCUCUUGCCAAAGUUCACUGCCUCCGUCGAAACUGGAGUUUCAGUCAGUAAAAUUCUAAGCUAUAUUCUACCGUUCCUUUUCCCUUUCCUUUUCCUUCUUGUGUACAAUCUACCUUUUUAGAUCGAGAUUCAAAUUCUAAUUGAUCUUUGGGGGUCACUGAGAUUGUUGACCAAAAAAGUUCUUGGCUUGAAGCUUCUAUUAGUAAUAUAUUUACGUCAAGUUAGGUCCAAA